AAUAGUCGACGUCACCGUGGUAUGGCGGACAUAUUUCUUCCGACAUUUUGACAUUUCUCUCCCGGUUAGUUCUAAUUGGAAUUGUAAUUCUUCUUUGUGCUUCUCAUCAUGGAUGAAGAAUACGACGCAAUUGUUUUAGGCACUGGCCUUAAAGAAUGCAUUCUCAGCGGAAUGCUGUCGGUGUCUGGGAAGAAGAUAUUGCACAUUGAUCGUAACAAGUACUACGGCGGAGAAUCUGCGUCAAUUACCCCGUUAGAAGACUUGUUCGCAAAGUUCAACGCACCCCCGCCGGAUGAGACCUAUGGCAGAGGCCGCGACUGGAACGUGGACUUGAUCCCGAAGUUUUUGAUGGCUAAUGGUUUGUUGGUAAAACUUCUUAUCCAUACGGGCGUCACCCGUUAUUUGGAAUUCAAGUCGGUGGAGGGUAGCUAUGUCUACAAAGGUGGAAAGAUUUCCAAAGUGCCAGUGGAUCAGAAGGAGGCUCUGGCAUCCGAUCUUAUGGGAAUGUUCGAAAAGAGGCGUUUCCGCAACUUCCUUAUCUAUGUGCAGGACUUUCAGGAGGAAGACGUCAAGACCUGGAAGGAUUUCGACCCUAGCACAGCCAACAUGCAGUCGUUGUACGACAAGUUCGGCCUUGAUAGAAAUACCCAAGAUUUCACUGGCCAUGCUUUAGCAUUGUAUCUUGAUGACACCUAUUUGCAGCAGCCUGCUAUACAAACCAUUCGUCGUAUAAAACUAUACUCCGAUUCUCUUGCCCGAUAUGGAAAGUCUCCAUACCUCUACCCAAUGUAUGGUUUAGGUGAACUUCCUCAAGGUUUUGCCCGACUGUCUGCUAUCUAUGGGGGCACCUACAUGUUGGACAAGCCGAUUGAUGAGAUUGUGCUCGGGGAAGGCGGUAGAGUGAUUGGUGUUCGCUCAGGCAACGAGAUAGCCAAGUGUAAGCAAGUCUACUGUGACCCCAGCUAUGUCCCUGAUAGAGUGCGUAAGAAGGGCCAAGUCAUUCGUUGCAUUUGCUUACUAGAUCAUCCAAUUUCCAAUACCAAGGAUGCUUUGUCCACUCAGAUCAUCAUUCCGCAGAAGCAGGUUGGAAGAAACUCUGACAUCUAUGUGUCCCUGGUGUCCUACACACACCAGGUGGCUGCUAAGGGAUGGUUCAUUGCAAUGGUUUCCACCACCGUUGAGACAAAUGACCCUGAGAGUGAGAUCAAGCCUGGCUUGGACGUCUUGGGGCCCAUAAGGCAGAAGUUUAUCUCGGUCACAGAUUACUAUGAGCCCACUGAUAAUGGAAGCCAGAGCCAGAUAUUCAUAUCUGAGUCAUACGAUGCUACAACUCAUUUCGAGACCACUUGCCUAGAUGUGCUUAAGAUCUACAAGCGCGGCACCGAUGAAGAUUUUGAUUUCUCCAAAGUGAAAGUAGAGUUGGGUGAAGAGGAGCAGUGAAUGUGUCCUGUCAACUAUGUAUAUUGCUUGUUAACUUUUAAUUUUAUUUACAAACUGUUCUGGCAACAAUAAAUUGUUCACUAGGGAUUUUUGGGUACAGAUUUUUUAAGAGCUUAGAUGUAUUGGCAGUAGAUGAUUGUGUAUAUGUGCAAAUAUUUUCAUAGUAACAGUCCCAGUAAGAUUAUUUUUACCAAAAAUAUUUCAAAAAUAUAAGAUAUGAUAAUUAUUUAAAUAAUUUUAUUCAUCAUUUAAGAUUGCUUUUAUUAUUUUAAGUAUACAAAGCUGCUAUAAAAUGGUCUGCACAAGUGAAAUGAUAGAUUUAUUUGUAUCAAAUGAUAUGCAUUCCAUUGUGGUACAUUAUUUGAUCCUGUAACCAUAUCAUAAUAUGUGUAAUAAU